UCCCGCCCAAAACCGUGUUUUCUAGAUACACGCGUUACACGGAUACGGAAUGACGACUAUACAGAGACUGAGGCCCAUACAAACGCACUGUUUGCCAAAGCUCGCGAGCGCCUUAAGAAGACUUCGCAACUUGGUAGGUAUCGCCGCCACAACCGCCGCCGCCGCCGCCUCUCCCACCACGGCCGCCAGCUCCGCCGCCGUCAUGGACGACUUUCAGACCCUCAAGACCCGCCUCUGCAUCAUCGGAAGCGGCCCCGCCGCCCACACCGCCGCCAUCUACGCGGCCCGGGCCGAGCUGAAGCCCGUUCUCUUCGAGGGUUGGAUGGCCAACAACAUCGCCCCCGGGGGCCAGCUCACCACCACCACCGACGUCGAGAACUUCCCCGGCUUUCCAGAAGGAAUCCUCGGCUUGGACCUAAUGGAAAAGUGCCGAAACCAAUCCCUCAAAUUCGGCACCGAGAUCUUCACCGAAACCGUGACGAAAGUCGAUUUCUCCACUCGUCCCUUCAAGGUCUUCGCCGAUUCCAAGGCCGUCCUAGCCGAUUCGGUGAUCGUCGCCACCGGUGCCGUCGCGAAACGGUUGAACUUCCCCGGCGCCGAAGACGGUCCCGGAGGGUUCUGGAACAAGGGAAUUUCGGCUUGCGCGGUCUGCGACGGCGCCGCCCCGAUCUUCCGGAACAAACCGUUGGCGGUAAUCGGUGGAGGAGACUCGGCCAUGGAAGAGGCGAAUUUCUUGACGAAGUUCGGAUCGAAGGUUUACAUCAUUCACAGGAGGAAAGAAUUUAGGGCUUCGAAGAUUAUGCAGAAUCGGACUUUGACUAACCCUAAGAUUGAGGUUAUGUGGAAUUCAGUGGCGGUGGAAGCGUAUGGAGAAGGGGGAAAGAAAGUUUUGGGGGGAUUGAAGGUGAAGAAUGUGGUUAGCGGAGAGGUCUCUGAUUUGAAGGUGAAUGGUUUGUUCUUUGCGAUUGGUCAUGAGCCAGCUACCAAGUUCUUGGAUGGGCAAUUGGAGCUUGAUUCGGAUGGCUACGUGGUGACGAAGCCCGGCACGACGCAGACCAGUGUUUGCGGAGUUUUUGCGGCUGGAGAUGUUCAGGACAAGAAGUACAGACAAGCGGUUACUGCUGCUGGUUCUGGGUGCAUGGCGGCGUUGGAUUCGGAACAUUACUUGCAAGAAAUUGGGUCGCAAGAGGGGAAGAGCGACUGAUUACCUAAGAAUGUGCCGAAAUAAGCUGGCUGCUCUGUUGGAAUUAAUUGAUUUCAAAUUUUAUAUGAAGAAGAAAGUGCUUGAUUCUUUUACUUUAGUUGAUAUUUGAUUGUUCAGUCAGUCUUGGGUCAUUUGAACUGUCAGAUUAGGAAUGCAAAAUGGUUGCACAGAUGAUAAAUGGCUAUAUUUAUGUUCCUUUUGCAUAUUUCUAUAUACUCGUGUGUUCUUUUGUGUAUUUGGGGAUGUUUUUAAUAUGAACUUCAGUACCUUCAUGACU